UGUUUUGGAAAGAACUAGAAACCGGAACACUAUUGACACGUGAACGAAUGCGCCCCUACACGCUUCUCUUAACUUGAACCGGUGGUCAAUCACUAGAUACACCAUUCACAACUAACAACAAACAGUCAGAUAAAUUCGAUCAAUCGGCUAUAUAGAACCAUUAGCUAAGAAAUCCUUUAUAAUUGCAACAUGUCUGUGACGAUUAUCAACAGCGUUGAAGAGUUUAAAUGUCAGUUGUCAUCAUGUGGAGGAAAAUUGAUUUGUAUUGAUUUCUCUGCUUCUUGGUGUGGACCUUGCAAAAUGAUUGGACCAAAGUUUGAGGCUAUGGCCAAGGAGUUCGAUGGGAAAUUUAUUGCUCUGAAAGUUGAUGUCGAUGCAGUUCCGGAAUUAAGUGAAGAAUACGAUGUCUCUGCUAUGCCUACAUUCCUUUGUUUCAAAAAUGGAAAAAAGGUAGCUGAAAUAGUAGGGGCUAGUGAAGAGAAAUUAAGAGAUAUGUUGAAAUGUAAUUUUUAAACUUUUAAAAGUAUAUCUGAUAAGUUUUUACCUUAGAAAUUUUCUAUAGACCGUUUUAAUGUCAUAUCAGAAUGGGCACUCAAAUAUAUUUAAGAUUCAUAUUAUUUCAUCUUAACACAUUUUCAACAGAUGUAAAUCUUUGAUAUUGUCAUAUAAUUUUUGCUGCACUGUUGUCAGUUCUCAAGUCAUCUUUUGAUAUUAUGUUUAAUAAAUUGUUCUGUUUCUGUGAAAUAAUGAUCAAAAUAAUGUUAUGAAUACAAUUAUUGAAUAUUAUUGAAUAUGUUGUUAGCUUAUUUUAACAUGUCUUUGGGUCCAUAGAAAUAUUAGGUUUAUUGAUUUUACAUUUGAAAUAAACACUUUUUGUUGAGACAAAAUCUCACAUA